UAGUAGCAUUAUAUGCAAUUCAAAUUUUGAAUUCAAAUUUUAAAAUUUUCAUAUUUUAAUAACUGACACGUAGUAUAAAAUUAGAAGUAUAGACACUUUCCUUUUUCAAUAUCUAUCUCCAUUUAAAAUGUAAUGUAGUUCUAAAAUAAGUUCUGAAAAAAUUGGAGGAAGAAAGAUGCAGCAUACUCUCUAGUGACUAGUCUCCCAAUUCUCGUCUUCUUGUCCCCAACAGUUUCCAGGCAGCAGGUCCAUAUAAUUUCUGGGUUUUCCUAAAUCAGAAAUGCUUCCUCUUUCCUUACUUCAGAGCGCGCAAGGGCAUCCUAUGUAGCUCAUGGGGCUGGAAAAUGGGGAGACUUGCAAUGGCCAUUUGAUGAAAUGUGACACAUAGAUGAAUAUCCAUCUUGGAAAAGUCAUAUAUACAUCAAAGGAUUCUUCAUUGCACUUAAGGAUGGUUAACAUGAUGUAUGAUGGAGAUAGGUUUUGGAGCACGCCAGAGUGUCUCAUACAUGGGAAUACAAUUAAGUGUCGAAUCCAGAAACGACUCCAGAGACGAGCUCGUGCAGCUGAACAAUGGGGAGACUUAGAAUGGGGGCAUUUGGUGGAUUGCAAUUCAAGGACGAAUAUCCAUCGUGUAAAAGUCAUAUGUACUCAAAGGAAGGUUAAGAUGAUGUUCGAUGGAGAUAGGUUUUGGAGAUGCCAGAAUGUCGUUCGUGGGAAUACAAUUGUCCAAGAGUCCAGAUAUGAGAAUUGCUUACUAUACAAGGUUUGUUGCAUCUUGGAGGCACCCACUAUCAUCACACGAUUUUACCUGCACUGAAGACUGAUACUAGCAGCAGUAGCAAUUCCAACAACACGACUAUGCAUGCAUGCAUGCGUUACCAGUUGCCCCUUACCUUCGGCUAGAAAGCUUGGAAAAAUGAGCAUGGUGAUUUUUAAAAAUGCUAAUAUUACUGUUAUAUGUUUAUAGUAUCAAUGACCCUUCAAUUAUCAACUUGUUCAAACUUCAGAUACCCAAGACCAUAGUCAUAUUGUCCCCACCUCCUGCUGUAGGCUUUUGAAGCAAUACAACAUUUUUGUAAGAGCA